AUGUUUAAACAAGUUCUUCACUAUUUUGGUACACAUUCAAAUGAACUGAUCAGACUAGUUAAUGAACGAUUUGUGAAUGCAACAAGUAUAAUAUCAUUACAAUCAUUUACUUUCCUUCGUUCAUGUUCAAUUUAUUUUCAUGGAUUACUUCAUAAUCACACAAAUACAAGAAUUUCUAUUGUUCAUUUAAUCGGUACAGCAUUAAGAAUGAAAGUAAACGGUUUAAAUAGAUUAAUAUUGGUUGCAAAGGAUCAUCAUAAAAAUCAAUCGAUAUUUAGCACAGCAUAUUUAACUACAAACCAGAUGGCGAGGUGUCAAGUUAACUUUUCAGUUAUUCGCGAUCAAUCAAGUUAUUUAUUAGAAGAUGAAAAUAAAAGUUUUAAUUCACAAAUUCUACUUCGUUCAGUGAAACAGAAUGAAUUUCAUAAAGCGGCACCAUCUAAUAUUGAAAAUAACGAGACGAAUAAGAAAGAAAGAAAUUCAGAUGAGACUAAACGUUUAAUUGUACAAUAUCCUGCAGAACCAACUAAGCCCAUCAUCACCAUUAUCCCGACAGGUGCUAGUCUCGGUGCCGAGAUUCUUAGUGUCGAUCUUCGGACGAUCAACAAUGACGACUUUAAAACUAUUUAUCGUACCUGGCUAGACCAUCUUGUGCUUCUGUUCCGCGAUCAGCAGCUCAGUGAUGACGAUCUCAUCGCCUUCAGUCGUCGCUUCGGUGAGCUUGACUGGGCACCAGUACAGGAAAACGGGCGACGCUUCGUCGAUGGUCAUCCUGAACUCUAUAUUGUCUCAAACGUGGUGGAGAAUGGUGUCGCUAUCGGCAGUCUGGGUGCCGGCGAGGCGGUCUGGCAUACCGAUAUGGGCCGGUUCACGAAUGAUCUCAUCAUUGUGCGCAUAUGGGUACACAUCUGA